AAUCGCAGCGGAGCGUCUUUGCGCGGACGCUGAACAGUCAGCAGAUUAGCGUCAACUGCUUCCUGGGUUUAGGGAAGGGGCUUGGUCCCGUGCCCGCGCCCCGCGAACGCGCAUCAAAUUAGCAUCGAUGAAGUUUGUGCGAACAUGGCGGAUUUCCUGCCGACCAGGUCCGUGUUAAAAGUUUGUCUGCCCGUGUGCCUGCUCAACAGCGGCGAAGGGGAGCAGCUCCGAAAGUCCAAGGAGAUCGACCGAUGCCUCUCCCGCGAGAAAACGUACGUGAAGCGGCUGGUGAAGAUCCUGCUUCUGGGCGCUGGCGAGAGCGGCAAGUCGACUUUCCUCAAACAAAUGCGGAUCAUCCACGGCCAGGACUUCGACCAGCGAGCCCGCGAGGAGUUCCGAGGCACCAUCUACAGCAACGUUAUCAAAGGUAUACGCGUGCUGGUGGACGCGCGGGAGAAGCUGCACAUCCCGUGGGGCGACCCGGACAACCAGCGGCACGGGGACACGGUGAUGGCGUUCGACACGCGCUCGGCCCAGAUGGUGAACGGGCAGCUGGAGACGUUCGUGUUCCUGGGCUACCUGCCCGCCAUCAAAGCGCUGUGGGAGGACUCGGGCAUACAGCACGCCUACGACCGCCGCCGGGAGUUUCAGCUGGGCGAGUCGGUGAAGUAUUUCUUGGAUAAUCUGGAUAAGCUUGGCGAGCUGAAUUACAUUCCCAGUCAACAGGACAUCCUGCUGGCCCGUAAACCCACCAAAGGCAUUCACGAGUAUGACUUUGAGAUCAAGAAUGUUCCCUUCAAGAUGGUAGACGUGGGGGGGCAGCGGUCGGAGCGAAGGCGCUGGUUCGAGUGCUUCGACUGCGUCACCUCCAUCCUCUUCCUCGUCUCCUCCUCUGAAUACGACCAGGUGCUGAUGGAGGACAGGCAAACUAAUCGGCUGCGCGAAUCCCUCGACAUCUUUGAGACGAUUGUCAACAAUCGUGUCUUUAUCAAUGUUUCAAUCAUUCUCUUCCUCAACAAGACAGACCUGCUGGAGGAGAAGGUAAAGAGUGUUCCGCUCAAGGACUAUUUUCCUGACUACACCGGGCCGGAGCACAGCCUGCCGGAUAUCCAGUCAUUCAUGGUGGAUUGCUUCCGGGCCAAGAGGCGUGACGCCAACCAGAAGCCGCUGUACCACCACUUCACCACUGCCAUCAACACGGAGAACAUCAGGCUGGUGUUCCGGGACGUCAAGGACACCAUCCUGCACGACAACCUCAAACAGCUCAUGCUCCAAUGACCCCUGUCAACCUGUGAAAGUAGAGAACCUGAAUGGGGACAAACCACCUGCUCACUCCUGAAGAGGAUCUGGGACAGACCAACCUCAGAAGAAUCCAGUAGAUGUCAGAAUUCUUCUUUCGCCAUUUUAUGUUAGUUUUUACUCUCCUAUUUGAAGAGUUGACCUUCUUGUUGUUUCAGGGUUAAUGUGGGAACGAGUCAGUAGAACAGACCAUCUGUAUUAUUAUUAUUAUUAUUAUUAUUAUUAAUAAUUUUUUUUAAGUCAAGCAGGUGGUUCGGAUGUUGGAUAACAUCUGACCACUGUUUUGUCUCAAGACGCUCCUCUGAACUGAGCUCUUCCUUACAGCAUAAGACUCGCUGGAGCUCUUCAACUCACCAGGUCCCUGUGCUGGUGCCACUGUGGCUGUGGGAGCUCAUAAGUUCCCAAUCCAAAUAUAUAAGAAAUGAGUCAUUUAUCUGAGCAGCGUGUGUAAAUCAAGAAUUGGGUCAUAAAAUGUCCUUUUGUUCCUGAGCCCUUGUCUCUGAUGAUCUGGAGACGGCUCCGUUGUCUCUUCCUGCAGCCCUGUUUCUUUACAUCGACCCGUGUCUUUCAUUACUUUUUGUUUGAGAGCAGUUAAUUGAGGGUUUGUUGUGGAAACUGGUUCCAGCACCGGCACCUCGUCUGUAAAAUGAUGCUAGAAAGCGCAAGACUGAAUCCAUGUCUUUCCAAGUCUUUUUGAGACUAAUCACUGUUUAAUUCCUGCGUUUGUGCCUUUAUCUCUUUAGAAUUAAAGUAAAUCGUGGCUUCCAUAAACGGAUAAGUACAAUAAAAGUUUCCAUGGACGCUUGGAGGCUAAAAAGAAUUGCCUUCACUGGGACGUUAAGCGUGUGAGCCAGCAAGUGAAAAUGUAGUCCACCAUUUCUCAGGGUUGAAUCAGAACCAGUGUAAAUGCUGUUGUAGUUGUUGGUGAAUGAACUAGGUGGGUGUUGUUUGGUACUGUAUCCUCCUGGUUUUCACCCCUGAACAUUGGGCCAGAACCCCCUCCCCCCUCCGUUCAUUAUGUCUAAUUAGGUGCCUUGUUAAGGGACAGACUUCCGCUGUUUAGCCGAAUGACAAAUGACUGUCAUAGAUUGCCUUAAUUUACUGUAACUGACCCAGGCAUCGCAUAACAUGUUUUUCCCUUUUUAAAUUACGUUUUGAGUUUGUAGAAAACACAAAUGAUUGGAGUUUUGCCAGCAGCUGUCAGCCCAGGCACUGUGGAAUCAUCCCGCGCUCUCCCCCGUGUUUGCGUCUGUAGUGUAAUAAAGUUCAUGUGAGCUUCAUGUUGCUUUCAGUCCUGGCCGUGUACAUACUGUAAUCUGUUGCUAUGUAAAUAAUAUCCUGGUUUAUCUCCUUUAAAUGUAAAUGGAUGUAGAAAUGCCGUAUUAUGUCCCAUCCUGAAUGUUUUCAAAUCACUGCUUUCCCAUUGAAGAUAACUGAUGUAGAUGUAUUUUGUGUGAUUUUUUUUUCGAAAUUAAUGCCUGUGUCUCAUACCACUCUAACCCCCAAUAAAUACACUUUUCUAAUGA